AAAUUUGGGGUAUAUAUAUUCUCCCCAUCUACUGGCCUUCUUCCUUUUUAUGUCCCAUCUAACACCAGACACACUCUAAAUCUAUCAUAUCUUGGAUCCGAUAACUCUUUCCCCAUCUUUUAAAAUAUAUCAGAGAAAAAGAAGAUCUAAUUCGCUGAAAACUCAGGAGCAUCAGAGCCUCUCUCCCGAAGAUAUCAUCAAUCAAGGUCGAUCUCUGGACCUCUUGACAACACCUGCAAUGAGUCCUCUCCCAGCCAACCAGGUGCCCCGGCUCGGGGUUGCCGUCUUUAUUUUACAUCCGUCGUCGGACCCGGACUCGCGAGAAACCAAGUUUCUAUUAGGCCAGCGACUUGGCUCGCAUGGCGCCGGCACAUGGGCUCUUCCAGGCGGACAUCUCGAAUUCGGAGAGUCAUUUGAAGAAUGCACCAUUCGCGAGAUCAAGGAGGAGACGGGCCUGGAUGUACAAGAUGUUGGGCUGUUGACCAUCACCAAUGACGUGAUGGAAAGCGGCGUAGUUGGCAAAGGUUGGGAUACUCAAAUCGAGGGAAUCCAGGGUUGGUGGAUGCAUUAUGGAACCAUAUUUAUGGUGGCUACUGUCGAUCCGUCGACGAGAUUAGGGUCUGACGGAAUGCCACAGGCCGAGCUGAUGGAACCAGACAAAUGUUCUGGUUGGGAAUGGGUGACAUGGCAGCAAUUGGUUGGAUGGGGAGAGAGACAGAUUCGAGAUGAGGGUCUUGAAGAGCAAGCGGGCAGACCAUUGAUGAUCUCAGCUACCCAGAAUGGCGACAAUGACCUCCAUCCGCGACUGUUUAUCCCUAUGCUGAAUCUGCUCUUGCAGAGACCCGGGGUCGAACCGACGUUGGGUCGCCAGGCGUGGUGAGGCGACGUGUGGAGAGGCUUAGCAAGGAGCGAUUACCCAAUGGAUAGGUGUAUUGACCAAAUGCUAUAGAACUGAAAUCAUUUGAUG